AUGUGCUCCUUAUUUUGUUAUCCAGCUAACCCAAGAAGAGCACCAAAUAAAUAUAUUUUACUAUCACUAUUCACUAUAUGUGAGGGAUAUGUAGUCUCAGCUAUUUGCUGCUCAAUUGCUAAGGAAUAUGAGAAUGGAGGUAUUUGAUUUUAUUUAUUAUUAGUCCAUCUAAUUUUUAUGGCAUUAUCUAUGACAGUACUCAUGACCUUUGGUUUAACAUACGCCUGCUUUACUAAAUAGGAUUUCACAGAUUAUACUGGGCUUCUAUGGUCUUUUAUUAUAUGCUUAUUUUUACUACUUGUUGUCACUCUACUUUUUCCAAGUAGGAUAAUUUAAAUCAUCUAUUCAGUCGUUCUACAUCAUUAUUGA